UGAUUUUUUCUUGAGCUCCAUACCUUCUUUGAGUCAGACUAGCAAACCUGUAAAAAUGCGGUUGUCAUUUUGUUUUUGAUUUUUAUGGGUGCUACUAUUCUAAAAACUCUAGUUAUGCUCUACUCUACCUAGGUUUCAAAAGCAGGAUCCAAAAACAAAAGAAAAAGGAAUCCUAGAUCCAGAGAGGUUUCGGCCUUUUAAGUCCAAAAUUCGAUCGCACGCCAUUUCCUAAAUUUGAAUUCAACCGAUGUCAAAGCAGUAUCGGUCGGAUCCCUCGACUGAGAUGGAUGCUACACUGAUGCUCGGCAGACCCUCCGUCAUCGGAAUGGACGGUGGAGGUCAUCGCGCCCAACAAGUCCGGAGCCCGUUGAAGCUCCAGAUACGAGCGAAGGCGGGAGAAGGAAGUGGGCAGCGAUGGUCGCUCAAAGGGAUGACUGCCCUCGUGACCGGAGGCACCAGGGGAAUUGGGCGUGCCAUUGUCGAAGAGCUAGCGGGAAUGGGCGCCUUGGUGCAUACGUGUUCUCGCAACGAGCAGGAACUGGGGAGUUGCUUGAAUGAGUGGAAACAAUUGGGGUACCAUGUUAGCGGUUCAGCUUCGGAUGUAUCUUUGCGCCACGAACGAGAGAAAUUGAUGGCGGAGACCGCCACAAUAUUUGGUGGCAAGCUCAAUAUACUUAUAAGCAAUGUUGGAACAAACAUUAGGAAACCAACCACAGAAUAUACAGCUGACGAUUUUUCUUUUUUAAUUUCCACCAACUUUGAGUCUGCCUACCAUCUAUGCCAACUUUCUCAUUCACUUUUGAAAGCAUCAGGAAUGGGCAGUAUUGUUUUCGUAUCCUCUGUUGCUGGUAUUGUUGCAUUACGUACUGGGACCCUACAAGCAGCAAGCAAAGCUGCUCUGAACCAGAUUACCAAGAAUUUGGCAUGUGAGUGGGCAAAGGACAAUAUUCGUACUAAUUCUGUUGCGCCUUGGUAUAUACAGACAUCGCUUACAGAUAAUGUUCUGAAAGACAAAGAGUAUUCAGAAGAAGUUCUUUCUCGCACUCCUCUACGUCGAAUUGGCAAGCCUCAAGAAGUUUCUCCUUUGGUAGCAUUCCUCUGCUUACCAGCUGCUUCUUACAUUACUGGCCAAGUUAUUGCAGUCGAUGGAGGAAUGACAAUCAAUGGCUUCUUUCCUUUGAUGGACUAAAGUCUGAAGUUCUUUACAAUAUUUAGAGAUGUACAUUACUAGAUACUCUUGGAACAUAAUGACACCAUCUUUCCUAAAAGAAAACCAUGGUAUUCUUGGAACACAACGUUCUUAUCAAACACCUUUGAAGGCAAACUUCCGUCUACUCAAAUAACACUUUUUAUUUCUUUUCA